AUGGUAACAAAAUUUUACCAGCACAUUCUUGCCUUGGCAUUUGCUGUGAAUGAGGUCAACAAAAACCCCAAGAUCUUGCCCAAUGUCACUUUCGGGUUCCACAUCUAUGACAGCUACUAUGAUGCAAAGAUGACCUAUCAUACUACUCUGGAACUUCUCUUCAAAUCACAUACAUUUGUCCCCAACUACAAAUGUGGCUCCCAGAAAAACCUCAUAGCCAUCAUUGGUGGACUUGGCUCUGAUACCUCCUUCCAUAUAGCAGACAUUUUAGGAUUAUACAAGAUUCCACAGCUCACAUAUGGCUCAUUUCCCCCUCAGGAGAUUCAUAGCACUCAGAUCACUUCCUUCUACUGCAUGGUCCCUAAUGAAACCCAGCAAUAUGUGGGGAUCAUCCAGUUACUUAAGUAUUUUGGUUGGAAGUGGGUUGGUCUCUUUGCUUUUGAUAACACCAGUGGAGAACAUUUCUUGCAGACCCUGGAACUUAUGCUUUCACAAAAUGGAAUCUGUUCAGCCUUCAUGAAAAGAAUCCCACAACAACCCUAUUUAGAUGACUUGGAUGAAAUUAACGAUAUAGCCUCAAGAAUUUCAUUUAACAACUCAGCUGGAGAAAUGGUGUCCUUUAAUGACAAAAGGGAAGUGGGUGGCGGAUUUGACAUCAUGAACCUGGUCACUUUUCCAAACAUGUCAUUCCAGAGAUUGAAAAUUGGAAGGGUGGGCCCCAGUGAUUCCGAAGGGAAAGAAUUCACUAUAAAUGAGAGUAUGGUUGUGUGGCACAGAGGAUUUAACCAGGUACUCCCCAUUUCUUUGUGUAAUGAGCACUGCCAGUCUGGCAAUCAGAAGAAAAGGAAGGAAGGGGGAAAAUUUUGCUGUUACGAUUGUGUUCCAUGCCCAGAAGGGAAGAUUUCCAACAAGACAGACAUGGGUGAUUGUUUCAAAUGUGCAGAAGAACAAUUUCCAAAUGGAGGGAAAAAUGGAUGCAUCUCGAAAACUACAAGCUUUCUCUCUUACGACGAGCCAUUAGGGAUCAGUUUAGCCUCAGUUGCUGUUUCCUUUUUCCUGAUGACAGCCUUGGUGUUAGGAAUCUUUGUUAAGCACAAAGAUACCCCCAUUGUCAAAGCCAACAACAAGGACCUCACCUACACUCUCCUUGUCUCCCUCCUGCUCUGCUUCCUCUCGUCAUUGUUUUUCCUCGGACAACCUGGGAAAGUGACCUGCUUUCUUCGACAAACAACUUUUGGCAUCAUCUUCUCAGUGGCUGUUUCUUGUGUGUUGGCAAAGACCACCAUUGUUUCACUGGCAUUUCUAGCUACAAAGCCUGAAUCUAGGAUGAAGAAAUGGGUGACGAAAAGACUGACCAACUCCAUUGUCCUUUCCUGCUCUCUUAUUCAAGCAGGUAUUUGUGCUGUGUGGUUGGCAACCUCUCCCCCAUACCCUGAUUUAGACAUGCACUCGGUAACAGAAGAGAUCAUUCUGCAAUGUAAUGAAGGGUCAGUUGCCAUGUUUUAUACUGUCUUGGGUUACAUGGGCCUAUUGGCCAUUGCCAGCUUCACUGUGGCAUUCCUAGCUCGCAAGUUACCAGAUAGUUUUAAUGAAGCCAAGUUCAUUACCUUCAGCAUGAUGGCAUUUUGUAGUGUUUGGCUGUCCUUUGUUCCAACCUACCUGAGUUCAAGAGGAAAGGAAAUGGUGGCUGUGGAGAUUUUCUCUAUCUUGGCCUCCAGUGCUGGGUUAUUGGUUUGCAUUUUUUCUCCUAAAUGCUACAUCAUUGUACUGAGGCCUGAGCUGAACAACAGGGAGCAACUAAGAAAGAGAAAUAAUUAA